AUGGAAGAAGGAAAAGCCGUGCCCGAUGGUAGAGAGCUCUCAGACCUGGACAACACAGCAGAAAGUGAACUUGAUCGUUCCACUACAUUUUCUGUGAAAACACUUUUGGGAUUUACUACUAAAUUUGAACCUACAACUUCCAAAGAAGAAGCAGUGCUUAAAGCAUUUCAACCUUUGCACACUAAUAUAAAUACUCCUGCUAACACCUGGUAUGAGAGGAAUGAUAAUGAUUGUGACGACGACUCAGAAAAUCAGCACGGGGUGAAUAGCACUGGUAGCCACGCUGAGCCAAUGUCUGGCAGGCAACCUGGCCUGGAACUGGAGUUAGCUGAACAGAAAGAAUUACUUCUUCACCAUUUAAGGUUUUUACAGACGUCUUUGUCUGAAUCUGACUAUGAUGACAAGGAUGCUAUUCUCGUGCAAGGUACUUUGGUUCAUACAACAAGUGAUACAGAAUCAGACACGGAGAGUAAGGAUCUAGACACUGAUGAAAACAAAACAAGCGAAACUGGGCUAAAUAAUACUGCUUUGUCUGCCGAGGCUUUGGAUGAUAACAAUCAAAAUAAGGAAGAAACAGAAUCAGAAGGGCACAUCAACAGUGAUGACACUGCCAGUACAGAUGACUUUGAGUUACACCCACCCAUUUCUAAGUGGCUCGCAGAAGAGUUGGAUGGUAUUCUAGAACGUAACUCCAAUGGAAAAGACAAAAUGUUAAUGGAUGAGCAGUUCAGUCGCUUGCUUGCUGCAGGGGAAUGCCCUGAAGAAAUUCCAGAUGAAGAACAAAGACAUUCAGCUGAUAAUAGGUCGCUCCAAAAAAUAGCAGUGGCUGAAAAGACAUUCCAGCUGCCCGCUUUCUUUAGUGGACUACGUGUGAGGAAAAAGGGACUAACCACAGAGGAUAGGGAAAUUGUUACAGAAAUUAAACCAAGGGAUAAUGAUUUAGCUCUGCUUAAAUUACGACAGCCUGUUAAGAAAUCCAGUAUUACAUCAGGUUUGACCACUAAAAAGAAGUCUGGUGAACUUAAAGCAAGUCCUACUUUCCUGGAACAGCUCUCGCACUUGUUAAACAUAGACGUCUCCAAGAAUGAAGACAGAACCCAGGACUCUGGUGAGAGAUCCGGGGAGACUGAGGACAGCGAUGAAGCUCAAGAGAGCAAAGCCUCCAGCAAAACCGAACCACGAUUUUCCUCUGAGGAAAUAAAAUCAAGCCCUGCUGAAUCUGCGCUGGACGUCUUUAAAGCUUUAUUCACACGACCUCCCAAAAAAGAAACAACGGCAGAUACUUCAGAGCUGGAAGCCAUAAAACGCAAAAUGAGAACUGAAAAAGAGUCCUUGAAAGCUGUAUUUGAAAGGUCAAAACCAAAACCUGGGGAUGGAUCAUCAGACAAAUCUCCUGACCUGAGUCCCUCAGAGCAAGAUGACAAGACUCCAGGAAGACUCCAGACUGUCUGGCCACCACCAAAAGCAAAGCAUGAAGAAGUAAAAGUAGGAUUAAAGUACACAGAAGCAGAGUACCAAGCUGCCAUUUUGCAUUUAAAGAGAGAACACAAAGAAGAAAUUGAAACAUUAAAGUCUCAGUUUGAACUCAGGGUAUUCCAUAUUCGUGGAGAACACGCUGUAUCAACAGCUCAGCUUGAGGAUAUCAUUGCACAUUUGAAGAAUGAACUUGAUAAUAAAUUAAAUAGAAGAAAUGAAAAAGCAAAGGAUAUUGGUGUUUCUACUGAAGAUGAUAACCCACCAAAGACAUACCGAAAUGUAUGUAUACAGACUGACAGAGAAACUUUCAUAAAGCCUAGUGAAGAAGAAAACAGAGCUGUGAAAAAUAACCAAAUAGUACCCAAAAAGCUUAAUAUUUCUUCUUUGUCACAUAGUAUUUCUGUCCAAAGUGAAAAUAAGGACAAUUAUAAUGUACAGUCUUCAGAAAAUAUCUUAUUUUGUCAACCAAAACAAAUGCUGCCGCCUCCUCCUCCACCACCACCACCACCACCUCCUCCCCUUCCUGAUUCUUCACUACUAGGUUUAGUUCCUCCACCACCACCUUUGCCAAUGGGUCCAACUUCACAGACAUCUCAGUUUGGAUCUGGUGCACCACUGCCACCUCCACUUUCUGAAGGCUGUAGGAAUUUUCAAGCACCACCACCACCACCACCACCUCUUCCAGGGUUGGGACCUCCUGUGCCUCCUCCAUUGCCUGGAUCUGGGUUACCUCCACCCCCUCCACCUCCUGGGCCUGGGUUAUUUUUUAAUAGCACUUUAUCUUCAAACCAAGGUCCUCGAAAACCUGCCAUUGAACCUAGCCGUCCCAUGAAGCCUUUGUAUUGGACACGGAUACAAUUACAAGGCAGCAGGAAAACUGCUGUGCCAACAUUAUGGGAAUCACUAGAAGAACCUGAUAUACUUGAUACUACUGAGUUUGAAUAUUUAUUUUCUAAAGACACCACUCAGGAAAAAAGAAAACCAUUAUCAGAGACUUACGAAAAAAAAAACAAGGCGAAAAAGAUUAUCAAAUUGUUGGAUGGAAAACGGUCUCAAACUGUAGGAAUUUUAAUAUCCAGUUUGCACCUGGAGAUGAAGGAUAUUCAACAAGCUAUACUGUGUGUUGAUGACUCUGUGGUAGAUCUGGAAACACUGGAAGCACUAUAUGAAAAUAGAGCACAGAAGGAUGAGCUGGAGAAAAUCAAGCAAUACUAUCAGACUUCAAAAGAAGAUGAACUGAAGCUUCUGGAUAAACCAGAACAAUUUUUAUAUGAGUUAUCUCAGAUCCCCAACUUCACAGAACGAGCUCAGUGUAUUAUCUUCCAGUCAGUUUUCUCUGAAGGAAUAUCAGCAGUGCAUCGGAAAGUUGACAUCAUAACUCGUGUUUCUAAGGCGUUGCUGAACAUGACAAGUGUAAAGGAAAUUUUAGGUUUGAUUCUGGCUUUUGGAAAUUACAUGAAUGGCGGGAAUAGGACCCGAGGUCAAGCUGAUGGAUUUGGUUUGGAAAUACUCCCCAAACUAAAGGAUGUCAAAAGCAGAGAUAGUGGUAUUAAUCUUGUGGAUUAUGUCGUCAUAUAUUACCUACGCCAUUGUGAUAAGGAAGCAGGAACAGACAGGAGUAUUUUUCCUUUACCAGAACCACAGGAUUUUUUCCAGGCCUCCCAAGUUAAGUUUGAAGACCUAAUAAAAGAUUUAAGGAAACUGAAGCGAGAUCUAGAAGCCUCUGAAAAGCAGAUGAAGUUAGUUUGCAGAGAGUCUUCCGAACAGCAUCUCCAGCCCUUCAAGGAGAAAUUAGAGGAUUUCUUCCAGAAAGCUAAAGAAGAACGUAAAAAGGAAGAGAGCAGUUUGGAAAAUGCACAAAAAUGCUUUGAAGAGACAGUGGGAUACUUUGGUAUAAAGCCAAAGCCUGGCGAGAAGGAGAUCACACCAAACUACGUUUUCACGGUGUGGUACGAAUUCUGCAGUGACUUCAAGACCAUUUGGAAACGAGAGAGCAAAAGUAUUUCCAAGGAACGAAUUAAAAUGGCUCAGCAAUCAGUAAGCAAGUUAACUGCAGAGAAGAAAGUUGAAACAAAGAGAAUCAAUCCUACAGCUAGCCUGAAAGAAAGACUACGUCAGAAGGAAGCCAGUGCGACUGCCAACUGA